GAAAUAAGAUAUAAACUAGUUAUGUAAAAUUUCGAAAUAUUGUGGAAUAUAGAUCUAAGAAAAUAAAUUGCUAAUUUCUUUACUCAGAUCCUAGGAGAUAUGAAAGAAUUGCGCGUGGUAUCUUUGAUGGGCAACCCAAUUCUAAAGAAGAUCAGACUGUAUCGUAAGACCAUGAUCUUGAAGUGUAAAAACCUCAAGUAUCUCGAUGACAGACCUGUAUUCCCAAGAGAUCGUGCCUGUGCAGAAGCUUGGUAAGUGGCGAUUAAUUCGAACAAUCGUACUUGAUAAUGAUAUUUUUCUUUUAAAUCGAUCAGAGCUUUAAAUUUAGAAAUGAUACAAUUACUCGUACUAUAAUACUUUCUACGGAGGAAUGAAAAUAUAGAGUCGAUGUAGUGUAACAAGCUAACGAAACUGUUACGAAGACAGGAUGCGAGGAGGACCCGAAGAAGAAGCAGCUGAGAGGAAACGCUGGAUCGAGGCGGAGCAGAAGAAAAUCAAUGAUAGCGUGCAAGCCCUGAUAAACAAAAGGAAGCUGUACAAACCGGUCGGGACGUCCGAAAAGGAGGCGGAGGAUAAGAAGAAGACGAAGGAGGACGAAGAAGUAGCCACGACCACGCUUGUCUGCACGAGCGACGAACUGCUCAACUUGGAGAAGAAGAAAAAGUCGGAUGGUACCUCAUCCUCCAACAGCUCGUCCGCGUCCUCGUCAUCGGACGAAGAGGUGGAGAACGCCGAGGUGGACGAUGAUGGAACUGGGCAAAAAGGAAUCGAGAAAAGUGACGGAAGGAGGCCAAUGGCGGAGGAAGGAAGAACAGCCUCCGGCGAUCUUGGCAAGGAAAUUUUGUUACCCUGGAAAACACAGGUCACGACACGUAAGGAGCCGAAACAGUUAGUAGAAGAGAUUGAAGAAACGAAAGAAUACGUGGCAGGAGACGCAGAACGGAAAAGGUUCGGGACGAAAAUUUUGGACGAUCAACGAUGUAGCGACGAUCUACCAGGUGGUUAUUCUGUUGGAAGAGAACUGGCCCAUUACGAGAAACUUGUCCUGGAGACGACCAACGAGACCGAAAUUACUCCACCGUGCUGUAAGCAGGGGAAGAACGACGAUAGUAAAUUACACACCAAUUCCGAAUACGAUUACCGCGACAAGAAACACUUGGUUGAAAGUCACAAAACGUUUCGAGGAUGCUCUCCUUGCUUGGGCCCUUUCGAUAGUAUCAGUGAAAUUUUACGAGUCACAAAUCGUCAUAAGUUUUUACAAAUCAACCUUGACAUGCUCGAAAUUGGUAAACAAUGGAUAAACCGCAAAUUCAUGCCUCUAUGCUUUUUGCCUUUGUGUAUUACGUACAUUCUAUCUGAAGAAAAAUCAUUUAAGGAUUCGUCGGUUUGUUGCAAUAUUUUGGAUUGGUCGAAUGGCAGAAACAAGAAAGAAGAGAAUAUCGUAAAUAACGUGAAGGAUAAACCUCUGUGUAAAGAUAUCCUGGACAAUUAUCGUAGAAAAGAUGAACCACAUCCUUUAACCAGUCAACUGAGUAGCAUCAGAGAAGACAUGAAAGAGUUCUGCGCUGAUGUGGAUAAAUUUAUUGAAGACAAUAAGAUCGUUUUCAAAAAUGGCGAAGUGAAAAGACUGUGGGGUGAGAAAGAGGAAAUUAACGCUGGAAUCAAAUUUGAUAAAGAUAAUGAAGAAAAAGGAAAGGAUUCGUCGAAUAAAGAAAAAGAUUUUAAAUGGUGGAACACGAAGGAGAGAAAGUUAAAAGUUAAGGAGAUUUUGAAGAGUAGAGAAGAAGAAAGUAAAAGAUCGAAGAAUGUUAAAAAGAUCGAAAUUAUCGAGGACGUGGCGAAAAAAAUCUCAGAAUCUUCAAAUAAAGAAGAAACUAAAGAAAAUAAGGAAGUUUCGUCUUCGCAAAGUGUUUACGAUUUAUUAAAUCUAAAAACGUGUCCCACGAUUCUACUGAGCAAUGUAAAAUCUUAUCCUAGAAAUGAAGAUGCUUCUAUGUUAUGCGAAUCUGCCAAGAAACAAGGCAACGAAGAUCGUUCCUCGGGUUUGUUCAAUUCACUGUUCAACGAGAUGGAGUGUAGAGAUUCGAGCAAUAAGCGUGAAAAAAUGUCAAAGUCCAUUAGCUCUCACGAAUUGCUGACUUUAGAAGAAGCAGAGGAAGCUGUCGAGGAAACAGCACGGUCAUCCAGUUGUACUGAUAUAAUUCUUUCAGAUCAAGAGAAUUUUCAGAACAAAUCUGUUCGUAUAGAAAUCACGGGUGCAGAUCCUGUGAAUGCCACAUUGCUCGAUGACGACGAAGAAUCAGAGAGUGAAUCUGUGAAAACUGUAAUUAACAAUUAUGAAGAAAUUAACCGGGAAGAAGAUACACGAACAAAUAUCGCAAAAGAAAAUAAUUCUGAAUGUGUUUCUGAUAGUUCAAACGUUACUGGAGUGCAAAACAAAAUGCAACAGCUAGAUACCAGGUUCGACGGUACUAUAUUUUCGAGCGUUGAAAAGUCUAGUCAAUCGUCUAAAUCGCACAAAAGAUCGCGAGAUUGCGAAUAUCUGGAUGUAGUCAGCAAAAAAUCCCAUCUAAUCGAAGAAGUGGAUAUUGAAAAAGACAGGAGCGAUGGAAGAACGACUGGUGAAGUGUUUGAAAAGUGUAGACGGCAUUUCAUGAAAGAGGCAAAGAAGUUUGUACAAAAGGAAUCGCCUCUGAUCAACCAGUGCAUAGAAAGCUUGAUAACAAAUAGAAAUUCAGAGGGAAAUUGGAAGAUGCAGAGUAGUCAAGAGGAUUUCUUAAGUUUUACAACUGCGAACUUAAACCCUGAUUUUCGUUGUGGGAAAAAUUCGUUUAAUUCGGAGGAGAAAAUGAUUUCUUCGCGUGAACAAUCUCACGUGAAGCCGAAAAGCAUUUCGAGUAUUCAAAAUUUCGAAGAUGAUCGAGCAAGUAGGAAAAAAUCGGAUUCGUGUACUGAUCGACGAUCAGAAAUGGCAUCGAUUACCCAGCUUCUAAACCAAUCUCAUAGCACGGAGAAGCAUUCGUCAAAUAUAUGCACUGAUCUCUACCAAGAAUUCUGCAAUCAUUUGGAUCAGAUGAACAGUAAAAGAAAGCUUCUAAUCGAGCCAGAUUUCGUAAAAAAUAGCAGGGCAAUUGGCAAUGAACAGACAGACGACCUUCUAUCGUCAAGGGAGACCAAACAGUCGAAAGAAGAACAAACAAAACCAUUGAUCGAGGAGAUUUCAGGAAAUUCAACAAACGUAGACGAAUUAGAAAAACUUGAAGAACUAUCUGUUCAUCUCGAAGAUCUUGGAAUGGACGCAGCGUUUAAGGAUAAGAUAUUAAAGAGCAUAAGUGCUCCAAAAACUGAGGAGCAGAGAAAAAGAGCAAAAAAGUCGGCCGAGAAGUUGAUGAAGACUUCCAGAGAAGCAAUGGCGAAAGGAAAAUCUUUGCUAGAACAGUCUUCCCCUGUCAGUAAUCAGAACAAAGAUCUUGAUCAUAGUAGGAGAUUUUUCAUGAACCUGUUAGCAGAGGCUUUGGAGGAAAAUAAGCAUAAGGACGUUGAUCCCACGAAGAGUAUCGAUGACAAAUCUGAAUCAGGUUCAAUUAUCGAAACAGUUUCAGAUAUUUCGAAGAAUACUGUCGUAAAAAUAGAAGAAGCUGCAAGAUUAUCGUCGGUUGAUAAUAACAGGAGUCAGGGUAGUGAAAUUCUUGAUACAGGGAGAGAAAACGUUGGCAGGGCGAGGAAAAGUUUGGAAAUGCAGAUGGUUCAGGAAAACUGAAGGAAGAUCGAAACUGAAACACACAAAGUUUUGAGAAAAUGUUAGUAUUUAGAAAAAAGAAAAUCUAAAAAUAAUUGACUUUUCAUAUACCAUGAAAGAAGAAAAAAAAAUCGUAGACUCUGUAAGUUAAGUUGUACGACUGUAUUUCUGUUACUUUGUAUUCAAGUAAACGAAUUAUUACGUUCCAACUAUUCGUGCAUCGAAAAAAAGCCACGAGUCUAAAAAUCAGAUUUCGAUCCAUCUCUAAAAGGAAAAAAGAAAAUAUGGUAAACAUUUCACGAGAAGAAUAAUCUAAACGA